CGCCAGGUUACACCCGUAUGUUGGCCAAGCAAGUUCAUCACAGAAAAUGGUGCAUCCGACCGAGCUAUUUCGGUCCCCUUCAGACGUAGGGGCAUUUUCAGCCCCUGUGGGCAACAUUCACGCAGAACCACCCGAUUGUGGCCUCAAUGUACUACCCUGGCUAGCUACGAAACUCAAACUGGAAAAGUAUAAUCGUAAUACAGUGUUUGUGAGCUUACUCAGCGCCUUGGUAAUAUUACACGCAUGUGCAGCAAGCUAUUUUGUCGGCACAGCGAAAUUAUGGCGCUUUAACUACCACAUAUCGGAAGUAACCGCAGAAUGGGUUGUUUACCUGAAUCCAAUUUUUGGCGGCUUAUUUUCAUUGGUGUUAUCGCAUUACGGUAGUGUCAUUCAUCGGCCAUCUUACAUUGGUGGAUUAGCAAUGAUUCACGCCGUUGGAGGAUGGAUACUUAUAGUUCCAGAACUGUAUCAUCCACAAUACGCGUCUUUGAAUACCUCCGCAGUUUUAGAUCAAACAUUAUGCAAAAUCUCAACUUCAAAAUUAAUUCCUUUGGAGGAGAUUUUCGAUGACGGAAAGAGUUAUAUUGCUUUGGGGAUAUUGGUAGCUUAUCAAUUGGUAAAUGGACUUGCGUUUGUAUCAAUAGUGAGUCACGGUGUUGCUUAUAUCGAUGAUGGAUGCAAAAAGUAUACAACUCCAACGUUUAUUUGUUUUGUUGUUGCAGCUGCUCAAAUAGGACGUUUUAUUGGUCUUAACUUGACAUUGAUACCUGUUGCAUUCAAUCGACACCUAUUUUUUUCAUUUGCUUGGUUGGUGACUUUGACAUUGAUUUUCGUCUUUGGUUUCCUGAUAAGCUUAUUCUCAAAAGUACCUCAUAGAGUAUUAGUACGUGCAGGGGUAAAUACUCUUCUACAUCGACAAAGCACCAACAAUGGUCGCUCACAACAGCAACAAAAUCAAGAAGAAACAAAAGUAUUGGGUUUCUGGGAAAGUAUAACUUCCCUCUUCACUUCUAAUCUGGUUCUAUUUAAUACGCUGGCGGCCACAUUCAUGCACGUCGCCAUUUUGAAUUUCAAUGCAAUGCGCGAAGAGUUCUUCCGAUCACGCUUCGUCAACUUCGCUGAUGACUUUGACUACCACUUUAGUUUCUAUAAUGUCUCCGCAUUGCUCUUCAUGUGUGUCAUAGUCCUAGUUAUGUCACAGAUAUUCUUCCGUCAUCGGCCAAGCACAAAAUUCUACGUUGUUUGGUUAAUUGUUGCUUACAUAGCAAUAACAGGAUUCUUCUCAAGCUAUGCAUUUUUAAAAUGUGAAGACCAAACUUCACUUUUCAAAUAUAAUGAAGUUGAGGACAUAUGCAAUCAUGAAUGCAACUGUAAAAUUGAUGUCUUUGAUCCUGUGUGCCUGGACGGUAAAACAUAUUAUUCUGGAUGUUUCGCAGGAUGCGCUGAAAAAAAUUCAACUGGUUAUUUUGGUUGCCAAUGUGGUAAAAAAUCUCUUAAGGCUUCAGCAGGUUCUUGUAAUCAAGAUAAAUGCAAAGUAGUGGCAUUUUUUGCGGAGGCAAACUCUGUAAUCACUUUUGGGUUGAUCGUAAGCGCUUACAUUGUCCAUGUAUUGAUUGCGUUGCGUACAGUAAGCCACCAACAACUGAAAUCAUCUGGUAUUGCAUUCCUCCUCCUAGGUGUUCAACUUCUCCCUUAUCUUCCGUUUAAAAUGAUUUACGAAUUGAUUAAAUCAACACACUGUAAGAAAUCAUACAAUCACGAAUGCUUCAUCUUUACCAAACACUUUGCUUUGACAAUCAGUCUGGUAACCAUCGGAUUUAUGGUGUUAAGCAUAAUAAUGGCGGUGUGUAUGUUGCGAGGGGCGGGGCAAGUCAACAUGUACAAACGACGAGGAUCACAGAAUCUAGGCACACCUAGUGUGAGAAUACCGCGAAGAAUUGAAGCUGUACAGGAAGAAGAUUCGGAAGAUGAAGAUGAAGAUGAACCAACUGAAUUGAAUAAUUUGUAUCCGGUACAGAGUGGUUCAAGCCACGCCCCUGCAGAAUCAAAUAGAACCUCCCACGUUCCAGAAUCUAGUAGUGUUAGAUCCGAAGAGGAAGAGGAUUUAGAAGAAGAAAGAUUAAGAAAAACAGAACAUCAUGAGGAAUCACUAAGGAAAAGUUUGCAUCAAGUGUUGGCUUCAGCUGCAAGGAUAACACCUGAUGGGAAUGUACAGGAACCAAUCCUAACCUCAAGUGAACCAACGCCUCGUGUUACAAAACGAGUACUACAGAAACAAAACAAUGUCAAUUCUGAUCAUGAUUUUAAUAGUUGUGAUGAUUUAUCAUUAAAUGGCCGAGAAGAUGCACCAGGAUACACUGAUAGUGAAGGAAUGAAUGAUACUGAUAUUGAUUUGGAAUUAGCACGAAUUAAUGAUGAGGAAUCGCCUAAAUGCUUACAACGGAAGAGUACUUUCAGCGAAACAAACUUAUAAAUUAUUCAUCUCAUCAUCUACAUGCACACAAACACAUUGUAUAUUUGCAUGACAUAGUCAGGCCGGGACAUAGCACGUUAUAAUUUUUAUUUAUGUUUUUAUGAAUACAAUUAAUGAAUUGUUUGGAUUUAUUGUAAUGUUAUGUUAUAUAUAAUUAUUUCGUUGAAUGGUUUA